AUGAAGUUGCACGGGAGCUUCGGCGAUGAAUAUGAAGACAACGACUUGAAUAAGAAGCUCUACCGGUUGAUCCCGAGUCAAACCCAAGACAUUGUAAGUUUUCUUCAAAAUCAUUCCUUUUUUCAAAUGUUUGAUUUCAGAUUGCUACGGCUCUUUUGCUGGUUGUUUUGCCUUUGGGUGUGCUUUUGCAUCUCUUCUAUGUACUUUCAACCUGGUUUCCUGCUUUCGGAGAAGGUUUGGUGCCAAUUAUUGUUCGGUCAUUAGUGUUCAGCUUCAGCGUGGGUCAUUCGAACAUCAAUCCUGUUGUUUUUCGCCUUUAAUUUGUACUCCAACUGGUUCUUCAUGGUCCGUGUGGGACCCAGUGGAAGGAAUACCAUCCUUCCGAACGUUGUAAAAGCAGGAUUUAGGUUAUUUUCAAUUAUUUUUUCGCCGGACACUCUGAAAUUUAAGAUACUGUCAUGCCUGCCACACAAACGCCCCUCCUAGAGCUCAUCAUUGUCCAGGUUUGUAUUAUUAGUUUAUUUAUGAACUGGAGAAAAUGUUACACAAGUUUUAAAUACAUAACUAGUAUUCAUUUUGCAGUUUGCGAUGUUUGUGUUCUUCGCCGUGAUCACCAUUGCUCAUUUGGAGCUGUCUGUGUAGGACAUUUCAACCAAAGGUUUAAAUAUUUUUGUUGUAACAUUUUUUUUCGAUUUAUUGAUAAAGCGUUUAAAUUCAAAAUUUACAGAGAAUAUUAAAUUUUCAGAGAUUCACAACAUUUUUCCAGAAUUUACCAACAUGAUUUGAUGUAUUUAAUCAACUGAGUCUUUUUUAUCUCAGGGAAAUUUUUUCUUCUGAAGGUUUUUGCUUACGCGCACAUUAACUUUUUUGACAAAUACUGAAUAAAAUACUGAGAUUUACGGUUUAGCUAUUCUCCUUAUUCAAAACUUGAUUUUCCAGAUAUUUUGUAGCGGCUGCUAUCAACCUAUGGCUAUUGGUUGCCCCAUUAGUCAGGUAUGGAAAAAUGGCAUUUUCAAAAAUAAAUUAGGGUUUUAGCUAUGACUGGAGCCUGAUGUCCUCAAAGUUGGAUGGUGGGAUCACUGCUGGUCGCUUCUGGCAAAUAAUGCUUCCACAUGUUGCAUUCAUCACAAGGUUGGCUCGAAUAAACGGAACUUCAAAUAUCCCAAUAAAGUUAAUUUGGUCUAAGUUUUUUUCAGAGGAUAUUGAAUAACAGUUUUUGUACGAUCACAAAUUUGCAACCAAAAAAAAAAGAUUGAGAAAGUCUGUAUAAAUUUCAAUAAGAGAAUUUUCUUUAAUGACAAUCUCUUUUAAUUAAAGUAGCUCAGUUUCAUUAAGAUAUUCUUUUGGAGAACGUUUAUUUAUAGAUUUCUCACCUGGAGCCAAUUCAUCCACGUGGUUCUUUUCGUGUUCACCUUCACCGUGCUGAUGUUUGCCACGUACUUACUGGCUGCGCAGAUCUUCUGCCUCGUCAAAGGUCAAACUCGCGUGGAAUAUCUCAUGGUUGGUUUUUUUUGUAUCUAUAAUGGGAACUGGAGCUUUUAAAAUUGUUUAUCAGAAUUGGGAGCAUAAGUAAUUUCAGGAUAUCCACGCCUACCAGCUUGGAUUUCUUGAAAACCUCCGACAGUCGUUGGGAGCCCGUUGGCCGUUUAUCGCGCUGUCCUGCUUUAUUCCUAGCCCGCUCCCUUCCAACGGAAUGAGUUUUGCCACACGCGAACUGGAAUCCUUCAAUUCCAAAGACCUUUGA